ACCUCCGCGCGGUGGCCAAGGAGUUCCGCCGUUGCCAGGCGCUCGACGCCCCGCAGGCGAAGGAGGACGCUCUAAAGAGGGGCCAGUAUUUCCUCAGCAGCCGUCUGGGGGGGCUGGUCUAGGACGGUCCUCUGGGAAGAAGGGAAAAAAUGGCCGGUGCGAGUGGCGGGGGGAAGGGAAGGAAGGAUGAUGGCGGGAUCGGCACCGCCAUCGACUACGUGCUCUCUAACGCCAAGGUGGUGCUGGGGGUCGGAGGAGCAGCCGUGCUGGGCAUCGCCACGCUGGCAGUCAAGAGAAUGUAUGACCGUGCCAUAAGUGCCCCCGCCAGCCCAGCCAAAGUGGAGCCGGCCGGGCAGAGGAGCUGGGAGGAGCCGAGCUGGCUGGGGUCCUCUCCGCGCGUCCUGAGCUCAGACAUGAAGGCCUCCGUGAGCCAGUCUCUGCAGACCCUUCCCACGUCCAGCACUGCCUCCCAACCUGGUUGUGUGCGGCGGGAGAAGGGCCGGGGCGCGGCAGUGCAGGAGGAGCUGCUCCGUGCGCGGAGGCGUCUCUCCCUGCAGGAGCAGCUGUGCCAGUUUUACCGCCAGCGCGUCAGCAUCCCGGAGGAGGAGCAGGCCCGCGCCCGCCGGGCCGCCCUGGACAUCUGCGCCGAGUUCAGGCUCUUCCUGCGCGCCAAGCUGCCCGACAUGCCCCUGAGGGAGAUGUACCUGAGCGGGAGCCUCUACGACGACCUGCAGGUGGUGACUGCAGACCACGCCCAGCUGAUGGUGCCGCUGGUCCUGGAGAAGAACCUGUGGUCUCCGGUCCCGGGGGAGGACACCAUCAUGAAGGCGCCGGGCUUCUGGCUGGUGCGGAGGGAGAACCUGGAGUACUUCCCCCGGGGGAGCAGCUACUGGGACCGCUGCGUGGUGGGGGGGUACCUCUCCCCCCAGGCCGUGCUGGAGCUGUUCCACAGGCAGGUGGCCGGCUCCAUGAACUGGCCGGCCAUCGGGAGCGUGCUGGACUACGUGAUCCGCCCGGCGGUGCCCUGCGAGCGCCUGGGCCUGGAGGUGCAGUACGAGGCCGAGAGACGCCUGCGCCUGGCCUUCCUCCCGCUGCUGGCCCUGGAGGACGGGCUCCUGCUGGUGGCCUCGCCGCACCGCCGGCCGGAGCGGCACCAGAGCCUGUGGCGGCAGAGCGUCCGGGCGGAGCGGACCGCCAGGCUGCGGGCGCUGGACCGGGAGGACGGGGGCUGCCGCUGCCGCUGCCUGAAGCUGGCCGCGGCCGCGUGCAAGCUGGACCCCGCCCUGUCCCGCCUCAGCGCCGGGCAGCUCGCCGCCGCCCUGCUGCUGCUCUGCCGGGGCCCGGGGGACUGGGGCCGGGACGCGCUGGCCGAGCGCUUCCUGCAGCUGCUGCGCGCGCUGGUGGGACACCUGGAGGCCGGGAGGCUGCCCUGCGCCCUCUACCCCAAAAUCGACCUGUUCUGCGAGCUCACUCCUGAGGAGGUGGACGAGCUGGGGUACACGCUCUACUGCGCCCUGUCCAAUCCCGAGAGCCUCUUGAGGUUUUCCUGAGCCGUCCCCGCGUGCUCAGGGACCAAUGACGUGAGAUGAUGACAGGCUAGCUCCUCCCACUCCAGCGAGCUAUGAAUGUAGUCGCUCAUGUCUUAGCGUUGCCAUUGGCCUCAGUUCGGUGCCUUUGUCUGCAUUUUUAAACCGCAGUCCCCAGUGGGUUCCAUAUAAUGCCAGGCAUGUAUAGUCAAUAUUGUUGAAUUUCCACACCAUAUCCCACUGAAAAAUCAGCUAUAUCCAAAAUUGCUUCAGCAUGAAGCAUUUUAAAUUGUGUAUACUAAAAACCUUAUGGGUAUCGGCUUUUGGAUUUUGGUGCGGUAUGAUUCUGCAGUCAGCUGGGAUCAUAACUCUGUGGAAGAAAACAUCGGAGUAGUUUGAAGAGCUUAUCAAUUACCUCUGUGGAUGUUGUGCUACUGCACAGCACGCUAAAUUCUCCCAUAGAUUUCUGUUGCUAGGGACAAAAUAAAAUUAAUUGUUGAGAAGACUAAUAUGAGAAAUAUAUUUAAUUAUUAGUCCUUCAUUUAAAAAAUAUCAGUGAAGCUGAGAGAACAGCAAGCUCUGCAACCGUGGGACAUGAGAAUGGUUCCUGUCCAAUGGCCAAUGCAUGACUUGACUGUUACACUUGUUGUUAGAAGUGCUUUACAAACCUGUUUCAAGAAUCCUACAGGGUAUGUUGUAUGUACGUGCCACGAGUGUUAAAUACCGAUCGCAUAUUCAUUGCUAGUCUCUUAUUCCGAUUAAACGCAGGGAAGACAUUUGGUGGAAAAAGGAAAUGUCUGAUAAACUGUAGACUGUGUGUUCUGUGAAUAUCUUCGAUGUUGCGUAAGGAGCCGAGUUUUGUAGCACAGCCUGUUCCACUGUCACUUAGGCUGAUUCACACGCUGUCCCUUGCAGGGCCAUGCUGUCUGUAUGCGACUGAGAGGAUGCGUUUAGUUUCUUUCUUUCUGUUUUCACAUUCAAAUGCAUUUUCUCUUGUCCUUGGCAUCCACAUUUCAUACCUCACUUCAGCCACAUGUAUUCCUCUGGGUGUCACAGCCCAUUAGACACAAGAGCAAAUGGGACUAUGCUAUGGGUGAAUGUCAUGAGUGUAUGUUAUGGUAUGCUGUGGAUAUAUGUUCUGGUAUGUUAUGGGUGUAUGUUAUGGUUCUAGCAGUGACCAAUGCUGGUGUGAUGAGCAAAGCAAUAGCCAUCGAGUCACAUCUAUUGUACUGUAUGAGCUGGUCUUCCAUCACUAAUUUAUGUCACAUUUUUAUUUUUGAGUUACGCACUUCAACUGACUCUCAUGGCCAAGUCUACCUUCUAAUAUUGUGUACUGUACGAUUUCUGACUCGGCUAAAAGGUUGGGCUCAGUUUCCUGAAGUUUUCCAUAAUUGCUGUAAGAUUCUACAUCUGGGGAAUAUAAUUCUGUGCUUUAGGGGUGGGUAGGGCAAGGUUUUGGGCAAUGCCAUGGUUUUUAUGACGAUCCACAAAUUGUGUGUAAACACUGAAUAUUUUUGUACCUUAUAACUGAAAAAAGUUUGAGAGAAUAUUUAUGUUUGAUAUACAGCCACACACACCAGGCAUGCCAUUGUUCCAAUAAAGAAUACCUCCUCA